UUGAUCUUUCCCUUAUAAAUUACGAAGACAGGCACUUUCUUUGCUCGUGCCUGCCUGCCAUUCCAAAACAACACUCGUCUUCUCCACAGCUUCUCUGUCGUAUACUUGUUCGCCCAAACGCCUUGCCACGCGCCCUCGCGACACCACAACCAUGCCUGCUGACACCUCAUCACUCACCGGCCAUGGCCAAACCGUUUGCGUCACCGGUGCUGGUGGUUUCAUCGCUUCUUGGAUCGUUAAGUUGCUUCUUGAGAGAGGUUAUACUGUUAAGGGAACUGUGCGGAACCCAGAUGAUCCGAAGAAUGGUCAUUUGAGAGAGCUCGAAGGUGCCAAGGAGAGAUUAACUCUAUGCAAAGCUGAUCUUCUUGAUUAUGAGAGUCUUCGAGAGGCUAUUAUGGGGUGUGAUGGAGUUUUUCACACUGCUUCUCCUGUCACUGAUGAUCCUGAACAAAUGGUGGAGCCAGCUGUGAAUGGGACCAAAAAUGUGAUCAUAGCAGCCGCAGAGGCCAAAGUCCGGCGAGUAGUGUUCACAUCUUCAAUCGGUGCAGUUUAUAUGGACCCCAAUAGGGACCCGGAUGUUGUUGUGGAUGAAUCUUGCUGGAGUGACCUCGAAUUCUGCAAGAAUACUAAGAACUGGUAUUGCUAUGGGAAGGCGGUGGCGGAGCAAGCGGCUUGGGAGGUGGCCCAGGAGAAAGGUGUAGACCUAGUGGCGGUGAAUCCAGUGUUGGUGCUUGGACCACUGCUGCAAUCCACUGUGAAUGCCAGCAUUAUUCAUAUUCUCAAGUACCUAACUGGCUCAGCCAAAACCUAUGCCAAUUCUGUUCAAGCUUAUGUGCACGUUAAGGAUGUGGCACUUGCUCACAUUCUUGUCUACGAGACACCCUCUGCCUCCGGUCGUUACCUCUGCGCCGAGAGCGUCCUCCAUCGUGGAGAGGUGGUGGAAAUUCUUGCCAAGUUCUUCCCAGAGUACCCUAUUCCCACCAGGUGUUCAGAUGAGAAGAACCCAAGAGCAAAGCCAUACAAAUUCUCAAACCAAAAGCUGAAGGAACUUGGCUUACAAUUUACAUCAGUGAAGCAAUGCCUGUAUGAAACUGUGAAGAGCUUGCAGGAGAGGGGUCAACUUCCAAUCCCAAAACAGCCAGAAGACUCCAUUAGGAUUCAAUCCUAAAGGCUCCCUCCCUUUUGGUUUCAUCUAAGUAAAGCUACAAAUGAAAUCCCCAACUGUGGGGCUUUGCUCUAUACAAAUAGAGAACAAGUUCAGAUUAUUACUAAAAAUAGAACUGUGUAAUGUUCCAAGUGUUUGUGAUUUAUUUCCUUUUUCUCCUCUGUUGAAUCCUCUUAAACGCUCAAUUGUUCUCAUUAUGUAUUCUAAUCAAUGGUAUGAUUCCCCAAUA